CCAAAUCAAGAAAAGAUGUUAGAACGGUGGUUACUGUUUUUAGUUGUCUUUAUCAUGCCAGUCUUCAUAUGGCUUGUACAGUAUAAACUAGGAGAAAUUAGCGCAAUAGAAAAAAUAUGUAAUUGGAAAGAAAUACGAAAGAUUACUCCAAAAUCCGAAAGUUCAAUGAGGGAACAAUCUGAUGACAAAUGCAAGGAAGAGCUUCAGCUCAACGGUGAACCUUAUGUAUCACCACAACUGGACGCAGCAGGAGAGAGACGUGGAUUAGAUCUUAAUAAUAAACUAAAACUUUUUGCUACACAAGCCUCAGCUGAACAGAACUUGUUAACAAAAAAGCUUAUUAUAAACCAUGAAAUCAAAGGCAUGAAAUCAAAGGUAAAAAUAGAUAACAAAGAUUAUUUAGGAAACAAAAUGGAAACAUUAGUAAAGAAUAUACAUAUGAUUCGAAAAAUAAUCCGAAAUCACAAAGACAUUGGUAUAAGCAAAAAGAUCACCAUUCAACAAGAUAAUUCCGUUGCAGUGAAAAGUACCGACAUUCCAGUAACUGAAGCAACAAAAAGAAAUACUGAAAAUAUUGAAAGUAUUGAAAGUAUUACCGAAAAUGGUGAAAGUAUCAGCCGAAAUACCGGAAAUGGUAAAAGUAUCAGCAGGAAUAUCGAAAACAUAACCAAUACAACAACUCCACCAACGCAAGUAUCAACAUUACGCCUUUAUGGUCAGGCUAAUAAUAUUCAAAUUGAAUUUAGUACAACAAACAAACCGAUACAAUUCACUGAUGCAGUUUCGGUUACAAAGAAAAUAUCGACAAAGAUUGAUAGACUCGAUAAGAGUGCUCGAGUCAAUAAGGUACCACUUAAAGUAAAAAGAAACGAAAGUUUUCAAUCCCUGAGCAAAACACUGCCUUAUAAAACUAAAACAACAGUCCCAAAAAAACUCAUCCUUAUAUAUACACCGUUAUUUGGUAGUAUCCCAUGGCGACAUGUUCCACUAGGCUACAAAUUCACUGAACUUGAUAACAUUGCUCCAUGUCCUAUUAAUCAUUGUGACCUAACAUACGACAAAAACAAACUGAAUAUCAGUGCCGCUGUGUUGUUUCAUGGCAGAGACCUACCAAACGCCGAAGAGUUAAGAAAAUUACGACAUGAACAGACACAGGCAGUGGUUGCACAGCAAAAGUGGAUAUGGGUAAUGCAUGAGAGUCCAAUGUAUACAUAUUAUAAUCCGGAAAUAUAUAAUGGUAUAUUCAACUGGACUGCUACAUACAGGCCAGAAUCUGAGGUUUUUAUACCAUACUUUGACGUUCGCAAAUUUGUAGGAAACGAAGCAAAGUCACACAGUAGUAAAAACUUUGCAUCUGGAAAAGACAAGAUGGUUCUUUUUAUCAAUAGCCAUUGUGAUAGUUUACGAAUGAACUUCAUUAGAAAAUUAAAAAACUUUGUCAAUGUCGAUGUUUAUGGUAGAUGCAAGGAUUUGAUCAACCCCGACCUCGAAGAUUGUCCGAGGAAUUCUGAAACAUGUCGCAAACUGCAAAAACGAUAUAAAUUUUACCUGGCGUUCGAGAAUUCGUUCUGUUCAGACUACAUUACCGAAAAAUACUUCAAAAAUAGUUUGCAAAGACAUAUCGUACCUGUUGUGGUCAGUGGUGCAAAUUUAACUAAUCCAAAAAUAGCGUUGCCAAAAAGCUUUAUUAAUGUGUUUGACUUUAAAAGUUUAAACGAAUUAGGAGAUUAUUUAAAUUACUUGAGUGGAAAUGAUACAGCUUAUAACGAGUAUCAUCAAUGGAAUUCAAAAUACACAGUCGAACCGCGACAAGGUAUGUGUAAAUUUUGCAAAGCAUUGUGGGAGGAAAAGGAUCAUAAAGAAACUGGUUUUAAUUUAAAGAAUUUUUGGAGCAGCGAUAUUCACUGUAGAAAUCAGAGCGAACUGCUAAAUGUGUAUUUGUAAAGCUAACGUUUUUCUGUCUGUAAUAACAAUGCUAUAAUAUUUAUACUUUUUAUCUUUUUAACAAGUUUUCCGUAGCACAACCAUUAAAAAACAACUUUGAUUUUUUCAUGACCUUUUUUCUAAGAGGGUACUUUUUUAAAAAGGAGUAAAAAGCCAUACCAAGAAAAAAGA